CAUCCUCUCUCUCUCUCUACUACUACUACUACAAAUACUGCUAUUCUUUCCUUGAUUUUUACCUUUUAGCUCCAGAAUUCCGGUCCUUCAAACUCAAACCAAUAAAUAAAGGCCUUGAUUCUGAAUCUACAGCAGCAUCCAGCAUUUCCCUGCAAAUCCUGGUUUCUCCUGCAUCGAUUUGACGGUAACAUGUGGUUCGAGAUCUUGUGUGGAUUGGUUGUUUUCCGCCUGCUCCGACGAUUUUUCUACGAUGAUGACAUUUUAGAAAUCGAAACCACCGAUUCCGAUUCCAAGUUCCUGGUUGCAAGCAGGAUAGAGAAGCUUUAUGGUGGUAAAGUGUAUCUCGGACUUCGAAUUCCGGACGCCGACACGGGUUCUCGACAAAACAUCGACAUGGUUCUCGUGACGAAAGGAGAAGCAGUGGUGAUUGCAGUCAAGAAUUUUUCGGGUUUUGUGGGAAUUGAUGCUGAUGGAAGCUGGGUUUGCACAAGCAAGAGUAAAUACAAGACAGAGAGGCAUCCUGAUCCUGUUGUUGAAACUAAAAGGCAAGUUGCAGUUCUUGAAUCAUACCUGGAACAAAGGGGAGUAACAUUGCCAGAAGGAUACUUGUCUGGAAAGGUUGUACUCCCAAAUCCAAAUUGCAGGACCAUUCACUCAAUAAGUUUCCCAUCAGAGGUCAUUUCUUUUGAUGAAUGGAUACAACUUAAGCCAGAGCCCAAAAGUAUGUUUUCUGGUUGGUUUAAGGAUGCAUUUCGGGGAGAAAAGAAGAUGUAUGAUGCAGUACAUCAGAAGCUUCAUUUUGUUCUCAGUACAGCUCCAGUGUGGGAUAGGUUAGAGCUUAAAAACAAUAAAAACCUUCUUGGAGAGUUUAUGGAAUUUAAAGGAAAGCAAGAAGAUAUCCAGGCUUUGAGAAAUACUAAGAGAUCGAAAGUUAGCUGGUUGAUCAUCCAGAAGUCAGCUAUGUUUGGUUUAGGCCGUUCAAAACUCCAAGUCCUAUACUCUCCUCGUGAUUAUCGAAAUGAGGGUGCUUCAGUGUCUGAAUGGAAGGAAGUAACAGUGAGACAUAGUACUGAGGUUCUGUUUCAGCCCCAGAAUUCUAAUAAAGUUCAGAAAUUCAAGCUUUCAUCAAUCAUCUCUAUGUCACUUAGUGCCUGAAGUAAAGGAAUGGAAAAAGUUGGAUAUGGGAGUACCACAGCUUCGAUAGGAGCUGUGGAUGGUGGUGGAUCGUGGAUGAAAGUCACUCAGUCACAGGUAUCUCUGUUGAUUUGAAGAAAGACCCAAGAGUUUUUUGUUGUUGCAGCACUAAGAUUUGUACGGGGUUAUUUAUGGAUGUGUGAAUCAUUUGCCCUUUUCAAAAUGAGCUUUUUGGAUGAUCCCAUAUUUUGAAUCCUUCAUGAUGAUUCUAAACAAAGUUGGGAAUUUAUAACAGUACUGAGAGUGUUGGAUACACCUAUCGUGAUCUUUUACCUGGGAACAAUCCAAUAUUAAUGCUAUUAAGUGGACA